GCUUGGUCCUACCUUGAAGCUUCAUUCUUUGUUUCGAUUGGUAGACAAGAACCUUUCUCCUUCUAGCCCUGCCCCUCCCCCCAGUUCCUGUGCCAUCCAUUUCAGAACACAAAACACCAAAAACCAGUCUCGCAGUGUGGUUAUGGCACUACGACACAACUACCCACCACAAGAUGGGCAACCACGUCCACAGAUUGCUCCUCAGCAGCCUUGUUUUGGAACUCCAGGGACCCCUGUGGCUCGUACAUAUGGCAGUGGAGGAUCUGCAUACAAUGGAAUGCAGCAUGGACACUACCCAUCAAGCAGCUCUCAAAAUAUGAUGCAGCGAUCAGGUGGAAACAUGGUGCAAAACCGGUACCCUGUGGUCCGACCGCAGCCAGGACCGCAGCCUAUCAAACGUCCGUCGGAUCAGAGAGGACCGCUCGCCCAGCAGGGUAAAACCGUUAAGAAGCGGAAGCGGAUGGCAGACAAGAUCCUGCCGUGGAAAGUGCGGGACUUGGUACCCGAGUCGCAAGCCUACAUGGACCUCCUAGCCUUUGAGCGCAAGCUGGACGCCACCAUCAUGCGCAAACGGCUGGAUAUCCAGGAGGCGCUGAAGCGGCCGAUGAAGCAGAAGCGCAAGCUGCGCGUCUUCAUCUCCAAUACGUACUUCCCUGCGAAGGCGGCGGCCGAGGGCGAGACGGACGGCAGCGCCGCCUGCUGGGAGCUGCGCGUCGAGGGCAAGCUGCUGGACGACGGCAAGCCUGACCAGUCGGCCAAGGGCAAGCGCAAGUUCUCUUCAUUCUUCAAGUCAUUGGUGAUCGAACUGGACAAGGACUUGUACGGUCCGGACAAUCACCUGGUGGAGUGGCACAGAACAGCUAGCACUCAGGAGACAGAUGGCUUCCAGGUGAAGCGACCAGGGGACCGUAACGUGCGCUGCACGAUCCUGCUGCUACUGGACAACCAGCCGCCGCAGUUCAAGCUGGACUCGCGGCUGGCGCGUCUGCUGGGCGUGCACACGCAGUCGCGGCCCGUCAUCACGCAGGCGCUCUGGCAGUACGUCAAGCACAACAAGCUGCAGGACCAGAGCGAGCGCGAGUACGUCAACUGCGACCGCUACCUGGAGCAGAUCUUCCAGUGUUCGCGUAUGAAGUUCGCCGAGGUGCCGCACCGGCUCAACUCGCUGCUGCACCCGCCCGACCCGAUCGUCAUUAACCACACCAUCACCGUGGACGGGCCCGAGCAGAAGAAGACGUCCUGCUACGACAUCGAGGCCGAGGUGGACGACACGCUGAAGGCGCAGAUGAACAGUUUCCUGCUCUCGACGGCCAGCCAGCUGGAGAUCCAGACGCUGGACAACAAGGUGCACGAGACGGUGGAGAUGAUCAACCAGUACAAGGUCAACCGCGAGUUUCUGCUGGGCUUCGCGCGCGACCCGCAGCAGUUCAUCAAUAAGUGGCUCGUCUCGCAGAGCCGCGACCUGGAGACCAUCACGGACGUGGUCGGCAACCCGGAGGAGGAGCGGCGCAGCGGGUUCUACCAGCAGGGCUGGGCUGGCGAAGCUGUCAACCGCUACUUCUACUCCAAGGUGCAGCAGAAGCGCGCCGAGCUCGAGCACGCAUUGGGCGUGCGCAACGGAUGAGAACGACCGGCAUCGUCACAGGCGUCAGUCACAGCUUUUCAGCGAUGUUCUGUCAGCGAGAGUUGAACCAAGCAUUGCGCGGGCGUCGCUACCUGCCGAUAUCGUCAAAUUGGAGGGCGGUGCUGGCGGCAGUUUUGCAUACAUUGUGCGCCCUCGCCCUCACCACCGUAAGCGAAUGGUGGUGGACAAAAAUGUAGAUUUAGUCGCAGCACCGAAAACGCAUUCGUUGAUUGAGGCACACACUUCUGUUGACGGUGUGCUUAGCGCGUCCCUUUGCCUUCCAUGACUUUUGCUGUACAUCGGCGAACAGUAUAUACUCAUUUGUCGACAUGUGGUGGUGAUGUGCCAGUGCCGAUGUGUUCUGUUCCGCGGUAGCAAAAGGCUCAUGUCCGUCGCGGGCGCACCUCCGUCCCCCCGGCAUCCCGGCCGCGAAGUCCAGCAGUUGCACGCCUGGUCGUGCGCUGACCCCGUGGUGAGGUGCUGGCGCCAUUGCCAUCUGCCGAGGAGUGCAGUGAGCGCCACACGUGUGCGUGGCGUCCUGUAUGUCGCGUUUCUAGCGGCCAGUGGGCACGGGUCAAGCGCUGCGCUGUCUUCCGGGGCCGUAUUGCUGUCUCGCUCAUGUUUGUGUUGCAUUGGCUUGGAAUGUGGUCGCGGUUGCGGGCAUUUUAGCCUUUGCACAUUACUGAUCUCUCUAUGCUGUUUACCUCACUUGGGCCGUCGUCUAAUAAAUGUUUGAGUUUAUAUCGGGCCACUA